AUGGAAGUAAUCUACACCACCAUCAAUUUGGGAUUUGCAGGUAAAGAGGCUUUGAUUUCGGAUUCAAACCUGUCCAUUGACACCAGGUCCCAUGUCACGCGCCUUCUUACCCUUCUGUUAACCAUCGGCGCCUCUCAUACCCAUGCCUCCUGUUCAGAUUGUAAAUCAGGAAUUCCAGCCAACGGAAUGCGCUUGCUGUCACCGAGUAAACAUCUUCCACCGCCUAAAGAAGCCACACCUGCACUCAAGUCUACUAUCAUGACAACUGAAAUUGCAAUAGUGUACCCACCUGCAGUUGAUUCCAUUUGAUAUCGACACCGGUGGGAGAAGAAGACGUCGGACCAGGUCUAGCACACCCAAUCGCAUAGGAAAGCCCUAAAAUCGAUUUUCAGUGGUUGCGCAUGUACUCAGUGAUGACGUAUAGUGGGAAAGACGAAAGAGACAUCAAAACCAUGAUUGAAGUUCGGAAAAAAAGGAAGCACAUCGCUAAAAAUGAAAAUUGAGAUUCGCUUACCACAUGUUCGAUGAAAUGCCUUUGAGGCAUUCACAAUGAUUAUAAGUAACUCAUCACCGUCGUGCCUCUGGAAUUGGUUAGGGCUUCCAGUUCAGUUCUGGGCACGCUGUUAAAACUUAAACUCUCACCAUUUGUCUCUAGAUUUCUAUUUAACAGUUUCAAGCAAACGCACAAGAAACGGAGCAUCUUUCCUAUCACUUUUAAGGCGUACAAUGUUGGAAGGGAGACAACAGUUGUGUUGCAGCUUAAAAGUGAUUGUUCUCUUAUUUCGAUUAGCAGCCUCCAGUAAUCUAGGAAACUUGAAGACAUGAUCAAAUCAUAAAUGAGUUGCUCAAUGAACUGAUCCUGAUUUGAUUUGGAGUUUUUUACUUGAAUUUUGUUUUACAAAGUUGAGUUUCUUUAUUCGUUAUUUAUGGUUUUGUUUUUCAAUUUGGAUUAUCAGUUGAGAGUAGUUAUUCAUGGUGUUGAAAUUAUGUCUAAGUAAGAUUUUUUUAUUUUAAAUACUGUUUAAACAUCUUCAUAACAACGAUUGUUUAUUUACUACUUUUGGGUGACCUUACCUUUUAAGGUUCAAAAGUGGGCAUGUGACAUGUACGAUGAAGAUUUUCUCAUAAAAACAUUAUUCAGCCUUUUUUUAUGUUUCAUAGAAUUUAAAGAUGUGAAAUUUCAGUGGUUCUUUUAGAAGAAGAAGCUAACUGUAUCUUUGUUAUCAAAGAAGAGAGAACUUUAUGGAGUUGAAAGCCCCAAGAAAAUUUACUAAAGAGUU